UGUUCUUUACGCGAGUCUUUUUUAAACAGUGCUGCUCUUGAAUCGUAAAGCAAGGAAGGAAUUCUAGACAAACCUGCGCAUAUGAUCUUUGGACGGGAAGUACCCAGAGCGAAACCAGACUUGGGAUCAGAACGGUACGAGACUGCCUUCUCUUUUUUAUGCUAAACAAUUAGCAAACAUUUCACUUGAAUUCAAUCGCUAUCUAAUAUCAGCGUAAAUCUGUAUUAUCACACACAUCACCUAUGAUAAACACAAGAGGACUAUAAAGCAUAGAUAUAUUACAAAAGUUGCAGUAAGUCGACUUUUUGCAGAGAACGUUUUUAGAUAUGUGGUCAGAUCAUUCCGCGGUUUUCACAGACCAAACGAAUACUGAUAAUUGGCAAGAUUUUGGAAAUUUCCCUAGUCAUCAGAAAGAUCAAUCUUUGAGAGUAAAAAUAGUUGGAAAUGAAACAGUGGUACAAAUACAACAAUAUCAAUAUGACAUUUCAACUUCUACAGAUAUGGAAAUUGUUUCAGAUUCCGGAGAAGACCUUGCAUUAAUUCCUACAACUGUACGUGGUAUGGAUAGAAACGAAGUUCAAGAUUCAGAUAGUCAUCAGAAUACAUCGAACAGCAGGAAUAUUAACAGUUCAAGUCCUUGUCGACAACAUGGUAAUAUUCGAUUAUGGCAGUUUCUUCUAAAUCUGUUAUCAAACCCAGCAUUUAAUCCUUCUCAUAUUAUGUGGAUCAACCAAAGCGUUGGCGAGUUUAAAAUUGUUAAGAACAAGGAAAUAGCACAGAUGUGGGGAGAUGUAAAGAACAAUUCUGGCAUGAACUAUGCAAAUAUGAGUCGUGGAAUAAGAUAUUAUUAUAAACGUAAAAUAAUGGAACCUGUAUCAAAAAGGCGUCUUGUGUACAAAUUUGGACCAAAGUCUCAUGGAUGGGGAACAUCAAGUUAGAGCUGAUUGUUCUGUUUUACUGAUUUGUAUUAACUUUUCGCUUUUGUAUUAUAAAAACCGGUACUAAAAAUACAAUGUGGAUUGCAAGCAUUUUGCAUUAUUAUGUUUAUUUUAACAAUAUUUGAUUGUCUAAAUCAUUGAUUCGAAUGUGUCUCUCAAUUUUGUAUGUAAAAAAAUGUUUAUAUUGUUAUACUGUUGUUAUUAUACUAUGGACGUUAAUGUUGAUAAUUGUGUUAAAAUCAAUAACACUGCUAUGAACCAACAAAUAUCAUUUGUCAUUCAUAAUUAUCCAUAAUGAUCAUAAAAGAUCUCAAAUGCAAACAGUAUUAUUUCAUAACCCAUGUAAGUAAUAGUAUCAUUUAUAAGUUAUAUUUUGAUAAUAGCAUAAUUUACAUCAAAAUCUUUGUUUGAUUCGUUGAAGGUUUACUGACAUAACAUUUUCAAAUGUAUAAUGUAAAUUAGGCUUAAAUGUUGCUGCAGUUCAAUGUUGCAUUUAAGUAUUCUUUUGCUUCAUUAGUUUUUACUUUUCUCUAAUUCAAUUUAACUUUAAGCAUACUUUAUGGACGUUAUUCCAGAAAAAAGCUUCUCUGUAGUUAAAUUGGCAUCAUCGGAUACAAAUUACCAAGUGACCGUGGAUUACAAAUGAUCUCAACUAAUUAACAAUGACCUUGAUUAUAAAAUGACGGUAUUCUCCUUCAGUUCUAUUGGAUUCAUUUAGUUUAGCGACCACUGAUCUGCCUAUAUAUCAGAUGAAUGCUUUAUAUAUAUUUUUUUAAUUUCUAUUAAUCGAAAGCCUAUGAGAACUACAAAAUGUUCACCUUGUUUGUUUGGUUUUUUUUUGCAAGGUUCAAAAUCUAUAUAUCCUUGCAAUUCAUAUUUUUCUGAACUUUUCAUUUCGUAUGAGUUAUAUGUAAAAAUAAAAAUAUGCAUGACUUUUACUUUACAUUAAAUCAUUGAUGUUACCUAAAAAUAAUAGAUGGCAAAACUAUGAUACUGCACAUUAAGGGAAAAUACAGGCAAUAAGUUAUAGAAAAAAAUACAAAUCUGAAAAUUGGGAUCAUAUUUUCUAAUAUUCAUAAAUAUUUAUAUAUGUAUGAUUAAAUUUAACAUUCAACAGUGAAUAAAAAAUCGUUUUUGUUGACCUAUUCAAUUUUUGGAAUAUAUUAAAAGUAAACGUUUAAAUAAAAUCUUAAAUGAUUUUUCGGCUCAAAUUAGGCAGAAGAAUCCGAGUUGGCAAUCAAAAACCGAAUCGCAUGUAUAUUUAGAAAAAAGAAAAACAGCUGUUUGUUGUUUGUAAAGUUUUUAUUGUAAACAUUACUGGUAAGUUAAAAAGUAACAUUGGUCAAAAGAUUCUACAUACACCAUUGUUAUUGUUUACUUAUUUAAUGCUUAUUAAAAUAUAAUAAUUGA